AUGGAAAGCAGCGAGAUAUCUUACUCGGGUUCUCAAAGCUCGGGAUCCAAAACCUCGGAGUCGUCGAAUACCACUGGCACCGUCCCGACGAGCGACUCGAGUGUGGCUACAGAGUCGCAAGGGCCAGCGGAUCGUUCAUCAGAUACGGAACUGUGGUCUAGCUCUCCACAUGAGCCUUCAAAUGAUUACAAUAAUAUUAUCACCUUCCAUGAUUUGUUUAAGGUGAAGGACUGGCUGGGCAAUGCAUUUGCAAGUGACGGGAGCACUCCGGCACGGCGCCUCCUCCUCCCCACGGACGAAGAAGCAAGCGGUGGUGCUUCCAGUUACGAGUCAGGCCAAGAGUCUUGCGAUGGUGGCGCCAAUACUCAAGAUGCCCCAGGAACGACAUCCUAUCGAAGCCUCCAAAGGCUUGCUCUCGAGUCGAGUGAGCAUGUCAUCAACUUGGUCGCAACAGACAUAGGCAUAGGGAAAACGGACUUUGCUCAAACCAAGGGAGAACUGUUGGUCCUUGAUCAGACAGAGUUAAACACUGGCUUUCACGUGGUGGCAACGCUCUGCCUGGGCGAAGAGGACUCUGCUCACCAAGGGUCGGACCCUACUGUCCAAAUGGCCAUCUAUUUCGAUCCGAACAGCGACUCUGUCAUGUUGCUCAAUAAAACCAGUCAUGACGGGGAGCAAUUCAUCACCAUCAAAAGACAGCUUGCUUCUCCUGAGGAGGCACCAACCAGGAUCGAGUCCUGUGAAGGAGCCAUGCUUGGUCCGGCCUCAUACAGCAUCUCCUGGUCGGGCAAGCCUAUUCUCGACAUGACUAUUAUCCCGCGCAGGUACAUCUCACUGGACCCCCAGAAUCGCAAACCGAAGACGAAUAGCCGCAAGAGAGCUCUCGAGGAGGAUGACGAGGAGGACGACGACGAAGAGUUGGCCUCACAGUCCACCUCCCCGCCAGCCAAGAAGCCCAAGACAAAGGAGACAAGCGACGAGUCAAAUGCCGGCACCGAGUCGAAUACCAGCGCCGCGAUCCAGGUGAACCAACCCACCGACGAUGCCGUUGCUGCAAGCAGUUUCAGUUCCACAGCCAGCGGCGAUUUGGAGUUCAAGUUUGACCUCAUCGCCGACUUGUGCCAUCCACUGGAAGAGCUCAAGCUGCAUGGUUCCAUCCGGGUGGCCACUCGGGCCGAGAAUGAUGAUUACACCCUCGUCCGCGAAGGAGAUGUAGCAGUUCAGCCGAACUGGCUCGCCUUCCCGGCUCGACACUCGGGGUUCCCGAGGAAGGCGGUCGUAGUCAAAACGUUGCGUAGUCACUCGGGAACUGAUCUCAAUACUGUCAGUACAGACUGGCUGAAUGAAGUAAAGAAUCACUCUCAAGUGAGCAAGCACCGGUCGAUUGCCAGUUUUUAUGGCUCCGACGCAAGGUUUCUGGCGCUCUAUCAAGAGCAUAUUGACGCCCCGAGUCUAUCCUCUUACAUCGAGAGCAAUGAAAAUCCGCAUUGCAUUCUGAACAGUAGAGACGCGAGACGGGUGCUGCUUGACAUGACUGAUGCCAUCAACUUUAUUCACCGCAAAGGCAUCACCCACAAUGAUAUCAGGCCCUUCAAUAUCGCCUAUACCAGAGAGAUACGCCCGGUUCUCCUCGAUUUUGGCUUGGCAACGGCCGGGUCUGUCCAUAGCAAUGGAACGCGGUGGUAUAUACCGCCCGAGUACGCGACUCGCGGUACACGCGGCCCCCCUGGUGAUAUCUUUGCGCUUGGUGUUGUUUUGCUGUUUCUCUUGCGCAAAAUCCCGCUGCCAGAGAAACAGUCGCCGCCCUUGGUAUGGCCAAUUCGCCAUUCCAGCGGCUCCGGCCCUGCAGUCGCUAAAGCCCAGGAUGCAAUGAAUCGAUGGAGUAAAAUUAUCACUGAAGCUGCAGCAAAGGUCAAGGAGAUGGUUGAUGAUGAACUUCAUCCGGAGGUGUUGAAGGUAAUUUCUCGAAUGGUGGCGGUGACAGCCAAGGAAAGGGCGACAGGAGAUCAGAUCGUGGAGACGCUUCGAGAGUAUGACGACUACGGUCGCAACUACACAUUUGCGUACAUGAAGGCGGAGAUCUACUAA